AUAGCAAAUAUUUCUAAUUUGAAGAAAAUAAGGGUGAAAAAUGAAAUACUUUGCAACGUUCGUUAUCGUUUCUGCUGUUCUGAUUGUUUUGUUCAGCGACCAAGCAGAAGCAAAACCAGAAAGAUUGAAAGUGGUGUGCUAUUUUACAAAACGGUGUGCUAUUUUACAAAUUGGUCUUUCUAUCGCGAAGGAAAUGGAAAAUUUGUCCCAGAAGAUAUCGAUUCGAACUUGUGCACGCACGUUGUAUAUUCAUUUGCUGUUUUAGAUUCAGAUUCAUUGACAAUUAAAGUACAAGAACCGCAAAUCGAUAACCAAUUGUAUGAACGAAUUACCGAAUUACGUAACAAAGGAGUUAAAGUUAGCGUUGCUCUGGGUGGUGGAGCCGAUUCUGAAGGUGAAAAAUAUGGACGCCUUCUCAGCGAUGCAAAUGCAAGAAACAAUUUCAUUACGAAUGUAAUUGAUUUCAUUCAGCAACACAACUUCCAAGGAUUGGAUCUUGAUUUGGAAUACCCGGCUUGCUGGCAUGGAGACUGUCGGCCUGAAGAUGCAGCACAAAAAGGCGACUUUGCCCAAUUCGUUGAGGAACUCUCGCAGGAAUUUAAACCUCGUGGCUGGCUGUUGUCGGCGGCUGUAAAUGCUUACUUCAGAGUUAUUGAUGGUGCUUAUGACGUUCCUUCAUUGGCCCAACAUUUAGAUUGGAUUGGUGUGAUGGCAUAUGAUUUUCAUGGGACAUGGAAUCAAAAGACCGGUCAACUCGCACCACUCUACAAUUAUCCCGAUAAUGAGCUGAAUAAUUAUGCCGACUAUGCAAUCAACUAUUGGAUCCAGCUCGGAGCUCCAUCGACAAAAUUGGUUAUGGGUGCUCCUACCUACGGCAUCACUUACACGUUGGCAAAUGCCCAAAAUCAUGGUUUAAAUGCACCAACAACUGGUCCGGGCCAAGCUGGCCAAUUUACGAAAUCUGCCGGAUCAUUGGCGUAUUACGAAAUCUGUGACAAUAUCAAAAAUCAAGGAUGGACUGUUGUGAAAAAUGCACAGUAUGGCCCAUAUGCGUUCAAGGGCAAUCAAUGGGCGUCUUUCGAUGAUGUCGAAACAAUGCGUGUCAAAUCAAAAUAUAUCCGCGAUAAAAAACUUGCGGGUGCCAUGAUCUGGACUCUAGAUUUUGAUGAUUUCAAAGGAACUUGUGGUGCUGGCAAAUAUCCACUUUUAUCAGCAUUGAAUCAAGCACUACGCCGUUAGUUUCAUGUUUCUUGGGUGAUGUAGAGGCCUAUAUAGAGGAAGUUUAAUAUUAAGUUACCCUUUUGAUGUAACUUGUAUAAGCAAUAUUUUUUGUGCAAUGUCAAAACAUAGAGAAUUAAAUGAAACAAAAUAAAUUGGCUGCCAAUUACAACCCGUGCACAAAGCUGCAUAAAUACCACAAUUAUUCAGCUCCUUAAUUAAUUGAUAAGGAGCUCGAAUUUCGAUGUGGCGAUAACAUCAAUGGAUUGGGCACA